AUGGAUAGCGGCGCAGAAGUGCUCCGAUUAGCGACGAGUGCUUUCAAAAAGGAGUUCUCGACGGUUGGCAGCAGCAGUAGCAGCAACGGUAGUAGCGCCGGCGGCGGCGGCGCAGGAACCAACGAAAAAGAUCAAACAGACGAGAAACAACGCGCUCUGAUUCAGCAGUUUCUCACACAGGCCGCAGCCAUGAAUGGGAAAAAUGGUAUCGAAGAUAUUGCCAACCGUCUUGGGAAUAGCAAUAAAAAGGCAGAGAAAAAUUGGAGCAAUGGAUACACAGCACCACCAGAGCCGCUCACAAUAUCCAAUCACACACCAUCAAUGCAGUUGAGCUGCGUUGAUUGCGGAGUGAUUAAAACGAAUUCGGAAGAGAUGGAGAUCCAUAUAAAGACGGAACAUCUUGGUUGGCUGCCAUUCCAAUGCCCGAUUUGCCUAUCAGAAAGAGCGUCAGACGCUCAAAUGAGAGAACAUCUGCAUUCAUCCCAUCGGAAGAGCAUGAACAAAUUCAUCUAUGUCGACAACGUGCAGGCGAAGCGACAAUUACAAAUUCUCAUGGAUAAAGCGUUCUCGAUGAAUGUGACAGUGCGUGUGAACGCGUCAGCGUCGGCAUUGUCGCCGAGCUAUCGCGGUGGUUGCUCGACACCGUCAUCGGGACGCAACACGUCGACCACAAUUACUAGUGGAGGUAGCGUUGAAGCUGCGGCUACGGCGAUCGUACAAGCGCACAAGGACAAGGAGAAACAGCAAGCCCAGGCGGCGGCAGAUUUUCUCAAACUUCUCGAGUUUACCGAUUCGUCAUUGUCGGCACUUCAAACGAAUCCGGAAAAAUCGCAGAAGACGUCGACUGGUAGAAAGCGGCCGUAUGUGCCGACGUCGGUCACCGAAUCGAUCACGACGAUCAAGUUGGAUCCGAGCACCGACAACUUUUUGGCGAAUCUGUCACGUGAAAAUGAGGAAAACGACCAACGUACCUCAUUCUCGUUAGAUGAUUUGAACAUCGACAGCUCUUCGGCUCUGGCUUCAUUAUUCGGGCCACCGAAAAAGGCGAAAAUGGAUAUGGGCGAAAUUGAUUCGACAAUGGAUGAUGCACUCGAUGCGUUGAAUCCAAUCUCUGUCCUUGACAAUGUCGCUGCCUUGUUCGGAAACGCAAAUGAUAAAAUAGUGGAGGAGACGAAGAAACCGGUGUCGAGUGUCUCGAAAAAACGCGUGCUCGGCGAAUGCAGCAAAUGCCAGAAACCGGUGACAGCCGGAGCGCGCCAAAUGCACAUGUUUUUCCAUUUGGCCAAGGAUGAGAAUAUAUUCCGAUUCCGAUGCAAAUUCGAUGGAUGCUCUAUCGAACAUUACCGUAAGGAUCAAAUGGAGAAUCAUCAAUCCAAAGUUCAUGGAAAAAUUGAUCCCGAUAUGAUGGAGGAUCGAUCGUUGGAGUUGUUCCAAAAGUGUCAGGAAUUGAAUCAUGAAUUGUUUGUCGCCCAUCGCAAUCCGGGCGCGAAAGCGCAUUGCUGGUCGUCGCCAUCGCAGGUCGACAACCAGAUGUUGAACCUUCUAACCCAUUUUCAGGACUUGUCGAUGGAAUUGCUUGGAACCAAAUCUGGAACUGUGCCGGGACCAACGGCAGCGAAAGCAGAAAUCGCCUAUGCGGCACAACAAGCGGCCAAUGCAGCUAAGGCUGGCAAAAGUGGCAAAUCAUCGAGCAUAUCUACAGUAAACGGCGGAGUCGGCAUUUUGAAAUUGAUGCCUGAUGAGGACCAUCCGCUUCAAUGCAGACUUUGCGGCAAAACCAUGCAGAAUCGGAUCAGGGGCUUCCAUAUUCUUUGGCAUAUGGCCAAGGAUAAGGGAAUUAAUCGCUACACGUGCAAAUACUGCGAUUUUGGACAUGAUCGUUCGCAAUCGGUUCAGGUGCAUGGAAAGAAAGAGCAUGGAUCAGAUGAUUGUGUCGAAGAUCGCAUAGCCGAAUACCAAGAUGAUGUUAAAGAAAUGUCCGAAGCUUGCUUCGGAAUCUCGUCGCUUUUCGCGCAGGAGAACAAGAGAAGAAGCAAAAUCCCGGCAGCGGCAUUCCCUAGAGACAAGGAUGAUGGUGAUAGCAACAGUGGCGAUGCUUCGCCUUCAAUUAUUCUUGACGACACCUUGUCGAACGGAAGUGAUGAGAAAGAGGAGAUCGAAAUCAAGAUUGACCCAAAAGAGGAAGUUGAAGACGAAGAGAAUGAGCAUAGUGAACACGAGAUGGAGCACGAUGAGCAGGAGCAUGAAAAUGAGGCUGAGGAAGAGGGGGAAGCUGAAGAGGAAGAGGAUCCCGAUGAGGAAGACAGCGGUGUUGUGAUGACUGGAAGCGCCCGCAGAAAGAGGAGGCGCUUCAACUUUCGACCGAAAAAGACGAAGAAGCAGAUUAAAGAAGCUCUCGUGAUGCGCAGCAUCUCGAUGUUGAUCGGAGGCGCGCAGUUCUAUAGAAAAAAAGUGAAUGAAUUCUGCUAUUGCGAGAAGUGUGGCAAACAUACGAAUAACCGCCUUCCUGAACACGCCUAUACCCAUAUGAAAGCUGAUCUUUUCUUGUGCCCAAUUUGUCAAUUGGGACAUCAAUCGCGCGAAAUUGUCAUUAAACAUAUGCGCGAUAUGCAUCCGCUUUGUGCGGAGAAAGUCGUUGAUAAUAGGCUUUUACAUGUUGCCGAAAUCAAAGAAGCUAUCAGAGGAUGUUACCCGGCAUUCUUUGUUGACAUGCCGCUUCCAAAUGAAUCGGAUGUCGCUAAAAUAUCCGAACUUACUAAAGGAGAGGAGACCCAGAUUGCUGGAAUUGAGGAAUAUCUUCAAAAACUCGGAAAUUAA